AUGUAUUUGGGUCGAUGCCACACACUUUGUAAAUGGAAUCGUCACGAAAACUUUGUGACACCCCACUCCACUCCCCAAGCCUCGCAGAGUGCUGCUAGUCUCUGGGGUCCUUACAAAGACAUUUGGCAGACAGUGGGAAAUGCUCUUUGGAGAAGACAACCUGAAGCUGUCCACCUUCUGGACAUGAUUUUGAAGAAACACAGACCUGACUUCAUCUCAUUGUUCAAAAACCCACCAAAAAAUGUUCAACAGCAUGAGAUGAUUCAGAAAGCCAGUAUUGAAGGAGUUGCCAUCCAGGGUCAACAGGGAACCCGACCUCUUCCUGAAAAGCUCAUUAAAGAAGCCUUUAUUCUCAGCGACCUUUUUGAUAUUGGAGAAUUAGCAGCUGUUGAGCUUCUCCUUGCUGGAGAGCAUCAACAGCCACAUUUUCCUGGCCUCACCAGAGGAUUAGUAGCUGUUCUUUUGUACUGGGAUGGAAAGCGAUGCAUUGCAAAUUCCCUGAAAGCCUUAAUACAGUCUAGACAAGGCAAGACAUGGACUCUAGAACUCAGCCCAGAGCUGAUUUCCAUAACAACACGCUUUACAGAUGAGCUGAUGGAGCAAGGACUGACUUACAAAGUUCUUACUCUGGUGUCACAUAUUGAUGUAAAUAACGAGUUUGAGAAACUACAGCGAGACAGAGGUCUGGGCAGUGAAAAACAUCGCAAAGAGGUUUCUGAUCUCAUCAAAGAGUGCAGGCAGUCUUUGGCAGAAAGUCUUUUCGCCUGGGCUUGCCAGUCUCCGUUAGGCAAAGAUGACACCCUCCUCCUUAUUGGCCAUUUGGAGGGAGUGACAGUGGAGGCCAAUGGUUCUCUGGAUGCGGUGAAUCUGGCUCUUCUUAUGGCACUUCUGUACUGUUUUGACAUCAGUUUUAUAGAACAAAGCACAGAGGAACGAGAUGAUGUGAUUCAUCAGCUUCCACUAUUGUCAGAGAGACAGUACAUCGCCACAAUUCACUCUCGUCUUCAGGACUCACAGCCGUGGAAGCUUCCAGGGCUGCAAGCUACUGUUAGACUUGCCUGGGCACUGGCACUGAGGGGAAUAUCUCAGCUACCUGAUGUGACAGCACUGGCUGAAUUCACAGAAGCAGAUGAAACAAUGGCAGAGCUUGCAGUUGCUGACAAUGUUUUCCUGUUCCUCACUGAAUCAGUAGUGGCGACAGAAAACUUCUAUCAGGAAGAAUUUUAUCUUCGUAGAACCCAUAAUCUCAUCACAGAUUUCCUUGCACUUAUGCCAAUGAAAGUUGUCUUAUCAAAAUUUGUCAGGCAAAUGGGUGACCUACUGCCUCCAACUAUUUAUAUUCCUUACUUGAAAAUGCUCCAGGGAUUGGCUAACGGGCCUCAAUGUGCCCACUACUGCUUCAGCCUCCUCAAAGUCAAUGGUAGUAGUCACGUUGAAAAUAUCCAGGGAGCAGGUGGCAGUCCAGUUUCCUGGGAGCACUUCUUUCACUCCUUAAUGCUUUACCAUGAGCACCUUCGGAAGGACCUCCCGAGUGCAGACAGUGUCCAGUACCGCCACCUCCCUUCACGUGGCAUCACCCAGAAGGAGCAGGAUGGACUGAUCGCCUUUUUGCAGCUCGCGUCUAUCAUCAUUACAUGGAGUGAAAAUGCUCGACUGGCACUCUGCGAACAUCCUCAGUGGACACCUGUUGUGGUGAUUCUGGGCCUCCUACAGUGCAGCAUACCCCCUGUUCUAAAAGCUGAGCUGCUGAAGACACUCGCUGCCUUUGGAAAGUCCCCUGAAAUUGCAGCCUCCUUGUGGCAGUCGCUGGAAUAUACACAGAUACUACAGACCAUCAGGGUUUCAAGCCAGAGGCAAGCUAUUGGGAUCGAGGUUGAACUGAAUGAAAUAGAAUCACGGUGUGAAGAAUACCCCUUGACUCGAGCCUUUUGCCAGCUUAUUAGUACCCUGGUGGAGAGCUCAUUUCCUUCCAAUUUGGGCGCUGGUCUGCGGCCCCCUGGCUUUGACCCUUAUUUGCAGUUCCUUAGAGAUUCUGUUUUUCUCCGAUUCCGCACCAGAGCUUACCGGAGAGCAGCUGAAAAGUGGGAAGUUGCUGAGGUUGUUUUGGAGGUGUUUUAUAAAUUACUCAGAGAUUAUGAGCCUCAGCUUGAAGAUUUUGUGGACCAGUUUGUGGAGCUACAAGGAGAAGAAAUUAUGGCCUACAAAUUGCCUGGCUUCAGUCUGAUGUAUCAUCUUCUGAACGAGUCACCAAUGCUGGAGCUUGCUCUUAGUCUGCUGGAAGAAGGAGUAAAGCAGCUUGAUACCUACGCCCCCUUUCCUGGGAAGAAACACCUGGAGAAAGCUGUAGAGCAUUGCCUUGCACUUCUCAACCUUACUCUGCAGAAGGAAAAUCUCUUUAUGGAUCUUCUAAGAGAAAGUCAGCUGGCUCUCAUAGUUUCUCCCUUAGAGCAGCUGCUGCAGGGAAUUAAUCCCAGAACUAAGAAGGCAGACAACGUGGUAAACAUUGCCAGAUACCUGUAUCAUGGGAAUACGAAUCCAGAACUGGCUUUUGAAAGUGCCAAGAUCCUCUGCUGUAUCUCUUGCAAUUCAAACAUUCAGAUAAAAUUGGUUGGUGAUUUCACACAUGACCAGAGUGUAAGCCAGAAACUGAUGGCUGGAUUUGUGGAAUGUUUGGAUAAUGAAGAUGCAGAAGAAUUUGUACGUCUGGAAGAGGGAUCAGAGCUUGAAAAAAAAUUAGCUGCAAUUCGUCAUGAAACAAGAAUCCACAUCUUGAAUCUUCUUAUAACCUCUCUGGAACGUAGUCCACCCAACCUUGCUCUCUACCUGUUGGGCUUUGAAUUGAAGAAACCUGUCAGUACCACUAACCUGCAAGAUCCAGGAGUGCUAGGUUGCCCUCGGACAUGCCUGCAUGCCAUCUUAAACAUCUUGGAGAAAGGCACAGAAGAGAGAAUGGGCCCAGCAGCAACUCCAAAGUCUCCUCAGCUGGCCGAGCUGUGUUACCAGGUGAUAUAUCAGUUAUGUGCAUGCUCUGAUACUUCUGGUCCUACCAUGAGGUACUUAAGAACCAGCCAGGAUUUCUUAUUUUCUCAGUUGCAGCAUCUGCCUUUCUCUAACAAAGAAUAUGAAAUCUCUGUGCUGAAUCAAAUGUCAUGGCUUAUGAAAACUGCCUCAAUAGAACUCAGAGUGACUUCUCUGAAUCGUCAGCGGUCACAUACCCAGAAACUCCUUCACCUCCUACUGGAUGACAUGCCAGUGAGACCAUACUCAGAUGGUGAAGGAGGAAUGGAAGAUGAAAAUAGGUCUGUCUCUGGGUUCCUUCAUGUUGACACUAGCACAAAAGUACGUCGAAAAAUUCUAAGUAUUCUUGACUCAAUUGACUUCAGUCAAGAGAUUCCUGAGCCUUUACAGUUGGAUUUUUUUGAUCGGAACCAGAUCGAGCAAGUUAUUGCUAACUGUGAACACAAGAAUGUACGGGGACAGACAGUCUGCAAUGUCAAGCUUCUUCAUAGAGUUCUGGUGGCUGAAGUAAAUGCUCUUCAGGGUAUGGCAGCCAUAGGACAGAGACCUUUACUCAUGGAGGAAAUUAGCACUAUUCUGCAGUACGUGGUGGGAAGAAACAAAUUGUUGCAGUGCCUGCAUGCGAAGAGGCAUGUCCUGGAGUCAUGGAGGCAGCUGGUGGAAAUCAUCCUGACAGCUUGUCCCCAGGACCUCAUUCAGGCCGAGGAUCGACAGCUGAUUAUUCGUGAUAUUUUACAGGAUGUACAUGAUAAGAUCCUAGAUGAUGAAGCAGCACAGGAACUUAUGCCAGUGGUCGCAGGCGCUGUGUUUACCCUGACUGCUCACCUGAGCCAGGCCGUGUGCACAGAGCAGAAGCAGCUGUUGGUCUCAGGGUCCGGAGAGGCCCACUACGCGCUCAUGCUCGAGAGCUCUUUCUCCUCACCUCCUCCAGCAGAAAACCCGCUGGUGGGUUUUCCUUCUUCUGUUGAAGAUUCUUCACUGCACAUCAUAUUGAAGAAACUGUUAGACUUCAUAUUGAAGACAGGUGGUGGAUUCCAGCGAGUGAGGACUCAUCUGUAUGGCUCUCUGCUUUAUUACUUACAGAUUGCCCAGAGACCAGAUGAACCAGACACCUUAGAAACAGUUAAGAAAACCAUGUGGGAAAGGCUGACAGCCCCUGAAGAUGUGUUUAGUAAACUGCAGCGAGAAAACAUUGCCAUUAUUGAGAGUUAUGGAGCUGCCCUCAUGGAAGUAGUCUGUCGUGAUGCUUGUGACGGUCAUGAGAUUGGAAGGAUGCUGGCCCUGGCACUCCUUGAUCGGAUUGUGUCUGUGGAUAAACAGCAGCAAUGGCUUCUGUACCUUUCCAACAGUGGCUAUUUGAAGGUCCUCGUGGAUAGCUUGCUAGAAGACGACCGUACUCUGCAGAGCUUGCUAACUCCACAACCUCCCCCUUUAAAAGCCCUUUACACUUAUGAGUCCAAAAUGGCAUUUCUUACGAGAGUAGCUAAGAUACAACAAGGUGCGUUAGAGCUGCUGAGGUCUGGGGUGAUUAUGAGGCUGGCACAGUGCCAAGUCUACGACACGCGCCCAGAAGUGGACCCACAUGGCAUGUUUGGCACGAGAGACUCCCCAAUGUUCAUCCCUACACCCGUGGAUCGCUACCGUCAGAUUCUCCUCCCUGCCCUCCAGCUGUGCCAGGUGGUCCUCACAUCCAGUACGGCGCAGCACUUGCAGGCCGCAGGGCAGGUGUUGCAGUUUCUCAUUUCGCAUUCUGAUACCAUUCAAGCCAUUCUGCGUUGCCAGGACAUGAGUGCUGGCUCUUUGCAGGAACUGGCUCUGCUUACCGGAAUUAUAAGCAAAGCAGCACUUCCUGGUAUAUUAAGUGAACUUGAUGUGGAUGUAAACGAAGGAUCUCUAAUGGAGCUCCAGGGCCAUAUUGGAAGAUUUCAGCGCCAGUGUUUGGGACUGCUAAGUCGCUUUGGUGGUUCUGAUAGACUGCGUCAGUUUAAAUUCCAAGAUGAUAAUGUGGAUGGAGACAGAGUGAGCAAGAAAGAUGAGGUUGAGCUGGCCAUGCAGCAGAUUUGUGCCAAUGUAAUGGAGUAUUGUCAGUCACUCAUACUCCAGAGCUCCCCUAGCCUCCAGCACAUUGUAUGUCUCUUCACCCCUAGCCUUUCAGAAAGCAUUAACAGAGAUGGACCACGCCAAGAUACCCAAGCUCCAGUGGUUCCAUAUUGGCACCUUCCUGGUUUGGGCAUUAUUGUCUACCUGCUGAAACAGAGUGCCAAUGAUUUCUUCAGCUAUUAUGACAGUCACCGACGCAGUGUCAACAAGCUUCAGAACGUAGAGCAACUUCCCCCGGAUGAGAUAAAAGAGUUGUGUCAGUUUGUGAUGCCUGGUGGUGUUGAUAAAAUCUCCACUACCCAGAAAUAUGUUCUGGCAAAACGGUGCUUAGUGAAGCUGAUCAACAAUCGAGCCAAACUGCUUUCCUUGUGUUCUUAUAUCAUAGAGACCUGCCUUUUUGUUCUUUGGCGCCACCUGGAGUACUACAUGUUACACUGCUCACCCAUGAAUUCCCAAGAUUCCUUAUUUGCCUCCAGACCCUUAUUUAAAAGCAGAAGACUACAAGAUUCCUUGCCCACAGAAACCAGUCUGGAUUUUAGAAUUGGGCCAACUGUAGUGAGCCAACAUGAUAUAGAGCAGCUUCAGGCUGAUGCCAUCAACGCAUUUGGAGAAUCACUACAAAAGAAGCUUUUGGACAUCGAAAGAUUAUAUUCAAAAGUCCGAUCUCGCUAUAGUUUCAUACAGGCUCUUGUCAGGCGUAUUGGCGGCCUACUGAGGUUAUCAAGGAAUUGAGCGCCUGCACCUAGUGCUCUUCUGUGGAAGAGAUGAAUUGUGGAAAACUGUCUCCUUUUUAUAGAUUACUUUGUUUCUAAAUUAUGACCAAAAAUAUUUUGCUAUUUCUUUCUUUAUAUAUGGAAUCUUUUCUGUAAACAUCUUUUCCUGAUUUUAUCCUCACUAGUGAAAAAAUAAAUACUUUUUUAAAAAAUGAAA